UUUCAUCUUCCUUACAAGGCCAAAGCUAGCAGCUUUCCUCUGCGCCUGAGUGCCUCAAAAGCAGCAGAGCAACCCCGGAGGAUCCCGGUGGAGUGCAGUGGGAUGCGAGACUGACAGGAAGGGGGAAGGAAGCACUGGUGUGAGCCCUGAAGAGCGUGAGACAGAGAAGUCUGGGGCUCUACAGAGGACAAGUGUGACAGUAUCCUAUGAAUGCUAAACCAGGUAUUCAUUGAUGCAGAUCUUCCAGAGAAGCAUGAAGGCAAACCCAAAAAGAAUUCACUGAGGGGGGACGAGUGCAACAUGAGAGGUGAAAUGAGACCAAGAGACCAGAGGAUCACCACACAGCUCCUGCAGAUUCUCAUCUAAGGCACCAGCUCAGCCUUCCAGCAAGUGUAAGGGGUGAGGUGCAGGCUGAGCAGCCAAGGAUGGAAGUGCUGCGCCGUUCCUCAGUCUUUGCUGCAGAGGUGAUGGAGGUUUUUGACAGGUCUCCCACUGACAAGGAGCUUGUGUCCCAGGCCAAGGCUCUCUGCAGAGACUACAUCAAUUCCAGGCUAAUUCGAGCAGGUGUCAGCUGGAGCAAACCUGAGUACAAUGCACCAGUGCCUGGCGGUAAGCUGGCUGAGGUGUCCACCAUACUGCUGCGACUGGGGGAUGAGCUGGAAUACAUUCGCCCCAACGUCUACCGGAAUAUCGCCCGCCAACUGAACAUCUCCCUGCACUCGGAGACAGUGGUGACAGAUGCUUUCCUGGCAGUGGCAGCGCAGAUUUUCACCGCAGGCAUAACAUGGGGCAAGGUGGUGUCUCUCUAUGCUGUGGCAGCUGGCCUGUCAGUGGACUGUGUGCGACACGCACAGCCAGCCAUGGUUCACACUAUCGUAGAUUGCCUGGGAGAGUUUGUCCGCAAGACCUUGGUGACAUGGCUGAAGAGGAGAGGAGGCUGGGCAGACAUCACAAAAUGCGUGGUGAGCACUGACCCCAGCCUCCGCUCCCACUGGCUCGUGUCCGCUGUUUGCAGCUUUGGUCACUUCCUCAAGGCUAUCUUCUUCGUCCUGCUGCCCGAGAGAUGAACUUGAGUCGUCAAGUGCAGCCCCCCUGCCCCAUCUCCUCCCCCACUCCAGAAGCAGCAGUAAUGCCAGUCUCUGAAGAGGAGGAAGAGAAGAACCAUGUCAGACAGAAGGCUUGUUCUCUCUUCAGCUGGGAGCAAGUGAUCAACCACAGUCUCCUUGUUGCACCCACAGGAGAGACUCUCAUCUUUAAUCCUUUCAAGAGUCUUGCUUGCCUGGGGGACUUGUUUGUGUGGCCUGGCGAUUGCCAGUCCCUGGGCAUGCUGAUUGCAGCUGUGUGCAGCGUGGACUGUCUGACAUCUGUGUCUUACAGCUCUGUUCCAUGCUUAUGCUAGUGUCAGGCAGAGGGGAGGAGGAAGGGGGUAUUAUUUGAA